UGAACUGAGAUCAAGACUCAACAUGUCGGGGGUUUUGUUCGAAGAUAUCUUUGACGUCAAGGACAUCGAUCCAGAAGGGAAAAAGUUUGACAGAGUUUCCCGUCUACACUGCGAAAGCGAGAGUUUUAAAAUGGAGUUGAUAUUAGAUGUGAACACUCAGCUUUAUCCAGUUGAACUAGCUGAUAAAUUCCGGUUGGUGCUUGCCUCAACCCUGCGGGAAGAUGGCUACCCAGAUGAUGGUGAAUAUACCCCCCUGAGUGAUGGCGUGCCCAGUAGGGCUGACCAGUUUGAGUAUGUAAUGUAUGGAAAGGUCUACAAGAUUGAAGGAGAUGAGACUGCUAUGGACGCUGCAACAAAAUUGUAAGUUUUUUUGUACCAUUUUCUGCUCAAUUUCAUUCUCUCUUUUGAUCUCAAAGGAGAUGCCAACAAUCUGCACGGCAUGGAAGUUGACUCAUUCGUCUAUUUAUUGAUGAAGAAGCUGGCUUUCUAAUAUAACACAUAGAUGUCAUCGUUUGAUACACACAACGUAGACAGCUGUACAGCCAUGCAACAUUCCAGCACCCUGUUUUCAUUUUCAAAGCAUAAUAUUGGCGGCUGUAAAUCGGCAUAACCAUUUCUCUGUAUGUACAUGUAUUGCGAAACUUAUCCCAAAAAAUUGGAUAUGAACAAUGAUUAUGUUGUCAUGGCAAUACUACACUGCCAUUUUCAAGUUGAUUAUUUUGUCUUAUUGCGGAAAGAAAAAUUUACUUUUUAAUAAAAAUAUAUAUUUAAA